AUUAUUUUUUUAUUUACUUCUCUUCAUAUGAUGGACCAAUUCCUUAUUAAUUUUUAAUUCUAAUGCUAAAAGCGAUUGUUAUUAAUUAAGAAAUGAUUGCAAGUCUUCAGUUUGAUUAUCUCUCUGAAAACGGCAGCCGGCAGCUAAAUCUACCCCCAUCCAGCUGCCGGCCAUCAAUCAUUCUUCAUCUCUCUAUGUGCAAGAAUAUCUUGCUGACUGAUUCUCACAACAAUGAAGUUGCUUCGAUGAAGAAAAAAAAGUCCUGGAUUGACUUUCAUUUUGAUCGGCAGCAACCGAAGAAAAAGCUAACAGAAGUAAUGAUUUUACAUCUUAGGUUUUAACACAAGUGAAGAGAGAAGUGGGGGGAGAACUGUGUUGAAGGAUGGCUGGCGAAUAUAGGUUCGCAAUGGACCAGAAGGACAUUGCGAGGAUAUUGGUUGCCACCAUUGAUGAUUUCACCCGAGGUCGUUUGAUCAACAAAGAGCAGAGAAACCUUCACAAAGAGCAGUGUGCUGAGAGAUUGGCAGCUGGUGGAAGCAAUGACAAAGAUACAGAUGUUAGGUACUCUGAUCAAGCAGUGCUGGCUAAUUUGGAUUGGGGUAUUGAAGCCCUUGAGGAGGCUCUAAACACAUCCAAUUUGGAGACUAAACUUGCACGACUUGACCAUGCGGAGAAGAUGCUUCAAGUGUGUGCCUUGUUGAACACUAACGAGAAAACUGCCGGGGUUCCCAAUUUCUACCUUUCUGCAUGGGCCCACCUAAAUCUUUCAUAUCUCUGGAAAUUGCGAGGAAAUGUUCACAACUCAGUCCUCCAUAUUCUUGAGAUGUUUAUUGUGGAUCCUUUCUUUUCACGCAAUGAUUUUGCUCCUGAACUCUGGAAAGAACUCUUUCUUUCGCACAUGAGCUCAAUUGUUGGGUGGUAUUUAGAGGAGAGGCACAGACUUGUGAUCGAAUUGAUUCCUGAUUCUUCUGAUUUAUCCUUCACAGCUGAUUUAGAUCAAUUCUCCAAUGAAUCUUUGAUAUUUUCGCUUAGGCCUGAUCAAGCAGAGAAAUUACAGAAGUUGGAGCAGCUUUAUGGAGACUCUUUGGAUGAGAAUACGAGGCUCUUCGCUAAAUACUUCAAGGACUGUAUGAAUUAUGAUUCAAGCUCCACCAAGAAGGUUGCCCAAAUGUUGCCAAUCGCAGAGCCACCUAUGACUCCUCUUCAUGAAGUGAGCCGCUCAAUUCCCGAUUACAUAAAAUUUGGACCUAUUUUACCCAAGAAUGCCGGGUUUUCACCCAUCAUACCAAAAUCUAAAGAUGGUGCAACAGAAUCAAGUAGGCCAAAGGGGACUUCUAGUCCAGCCAACAACACAGAGAAAUUUGCAGGGUGGUAUUCUCAGAAUGAUUCGUUAGAGGAGAAUGAGGAUGAUUCUGAACAGGAACCUUACGAUUCUUAUGAUCUCAGCGAUACUGCGACUUAUAAAUUACUAUCGCCUAGUAGCACAAGGACAUCAGAGGAUGAGCAAAUAGAACUUAAAGGGGAGGUGUCGAAAAUGGAGAAUCGCAAACAUUCUCCCACCAUUUUUUCUCCAAUUACAUCUCCUUCAGUCCCUUCACCGAAAGUUCUCUCUCCAACAACAAAUGAGAAGAAAAGUGAAUCGCGUACAUUGCGACUGCUAUCCAGUCGUUUUGGCGAACAACGUGAUGCUACCUCUGUCCUUGGAUCACCAGCUACAAGAAGCGAUUACAGCUUCAGUUCGGUAGAAUCUGAUGGUGAAAAAGAUCGCCACAGGAGAAAAUAUAAGCAAACGCACAAUGCAAACUAUGACAACGUGAGUUGCCAAGACUUCAAGAAUUGUUCAAUCGAUAAACUUGAGGAGGAAAGCAGAAGCCGGUCGUCUGAGAAUGUGACACAUAUAGUACGACCCCCCAAAGAUUUCGUAUGCCCCAUAACAGGUCAGAUUUUCAGUGAUCCUGUUACUCUCGAAACUGGACAGACUUAUGAAAGAAAAGCAAUUCAGGAAUGGUUGAAAAGAGGAAAUACAACGUGCCCCAUUACGCGGCAGCCAUUAUCUUCAACUGUAAUGCCCAAAACGAAUUAUGUCUUGAAAAGACUGAUAACAUCUUGGCAGGAACAAGAUUCUGAUCUUGCUCAGGAUUAUUUGUGGACUAGUACAUCAGCAAGUACUGUUGGUUCUACCUUUAAAAAGAGGAGUUCUAUGGCAUCUACUCCUUGCCGAUCAUUUCACGGUCCUCUUAACAGCACGUACGAGUUUCUUAUCCAAAAAGGCAAAAGAUUAAUGCAAGAAGCAGUGUCUUUAUCGCCCACUAGUGUAAUAUCUCAAGCCACUGUCGAGAAAAUCAUUAACAGUUUAAAACCUUUUGUCUCUUGUCUUUGUAAUUUCGAGAACUUGAAACAAUGUGAGACUGCUGUGCUCGCUAUAGCAGGGUUCUGGAAGGACUCAAAAGGUGACCUAGCAGUCCAUUCCUACUUAUCCGAAUUGGCUGUUGUGAACGGCUUUAUGGAAAUACUGUUAAAUUCUCGGGAAAGAGAAGUCCUUAGAACCUCGAUUUAUGUUCUUUCUGAGAUUAUUUGUGCAGAUGGAAGUGUUGGAGAGUCCCUUAGUAGUCUAGAUUCAGAUUUUGAUUGCCUAGCAUCUUUGCUGACGAGUGGAUUGUCAGAGGCUUCUGUUCUUAUGUGCCUGCUAAGGCCCACAUUUACUCAGUUGUCAGCUCAUGACCUUAUACCUUCCCUAGCCCAGCUGCUUCAAAAGAAAAAUGAAGAUUUUGAUGAUCUGCCAUUUGUAGUAGAGCCAAAAGAUGCUGCUAUCGCAAUGCUUGAACAGGUUUUUAUGGGAGGGGAUGAAAAUAGCCAAUCUCGAAAUGUGGAGAAUCUUAUCUCUGCUGAAGGAAUCCCUGCAUUAGUUAAGUUUCUGGAUGAGGCAGAAGUGAGGAGGCCAAUACUUUCCAUACUUUUAUGUUGUAUGCGAGGUGACAAAGGUUGCAAGGACUCAAUUGCAGAGAAGAUUGAGCUUGCUCCAAUUCUUGAGCUAUUUCAUGCAGGAAAUGAGGACGAUAGAGGCUUGUGUGUGGCUUUUCUGUCAGAGCUGGUUCAAAUGAAUAGGAGGACACAAUGCAAUCAAAUUUUGCAGAAAAUUAAAGAUGAAGGAGCAUUCAGUACGAUGCAUACACUUGUCACACAUCUUCAAAUGGCUGCAACUGAGCAACACCCGGGCAUUGCUUCUCUUCUUCUCCAGCUGGAUCUACUGGUUGAACCACGAAAAAUGAGCAUUUACCGAGAAGAAUCUAUAGAUGCACUGUUCGAAGCUUUUCAUAGAAAUGACAACUAUAGCUCUCAAAUUGCAGCUGUAGAUGCUUUAUUAUAUUUAUCUGGGCGAUUGACUUCCUCAGGAAAGUGCUAUACAAAAGUGUGGUUGCUCAAACUUGCAGGAUUUGAUCAGCCUUACAAUGCUUUAAUGAAGGACGAGGAACUGAGGAAGCCUGACAACGAAUUAUCAGAGAGAGAGGAGGAAGAGAAGGCAAUCAACGUAUGGGAAAAAAGGGUAGCACUUGUUCUUUGUAACCAUGAAAGGGGGUACAUUUUUAAAGUUAUGAAAGAAUGCUUGAAGAGUAAAUCCUUAGAGAUGGCAAAGUCCUGUCUUGUCAUCGUUUCUUGGCUCUGCCACAUGGUUUCGAUGCUCCCAGAAACUGGGGUACGAGAGACUGCUCGCAGGUUCUUGCUUGAUGAACUUGUAAACGUUCUACAGUCUUCUAAUAGCCUGGAGGAUAAGAUUUUGGCAUGUCUUGCUUUAAAAACUUUCAUCAGCGAUCCAGCUGCACUUGAGGGACUAGGACUUCAUGCAAGAUCCAUCAAUAAAACGUUGAGAAAACUCAGGAAAAACUCAUCGGUCGUCAAUGAUAUAAUGAAAGCCUUGAUGAACUUGCCAUCUGUUGAUGCAACAGAGCUCUGGAGUUACACUGAAGUUGGUGCACUAGAUUCCAGCUCAAAUGGAGAGGUUUUGUCGUUGGUUCAUUUGGAUGGGCGAGUUUUAAGCAGUCACUCGGAUGGAACCAUCAAGGUUUGGGAUGCUGGAAAUAAAAGGUUAAUCCAAGAAGCUCGCAAGCACACAAAAGCAGUAACAUGCCUUUGUGUUUCCUCUUCGGGGGACACAAUAUACAGCGGUUCCUUAGACAAAACAAUUCGGGUAUGGAUCAUCAAAUCUGAAGAAAUACAGUGUGUUCAAGUCCACGAAGUGAAGGAGCCAGUUUAUGACUUAAAAGUUAAUGCCAAUGUCGCAUGCUUUGUUUCUCAAGGAUCUGGCGUUAAGGUGUUCAACUUCUCUGGAAUACCAAAGCAUAUAAAUUUCAACAAAUACGUCAAGUGCCUGGCCUUAACAGAAGAUAAAGUCUAUUGCGGUUGCUCUGGUGACUGCAUAUUGGAGGUGGAUUUGUCCAAAAAUACUACAAGCACAUUCUAUACUGGUGUACGAAAAUUGCUUUGGAAACAAAACAUCUACUCCUUACACCUCCAAGGGGACCUACUGUUCGCUGCUGGUUCAGUAGUGGAUGGAACAGCAGGAAAGAUAUUUUCGCUGUCAAACAAGACACCAGUAGGAUCCUUUUCAACUGUAGUUGACAUGCAUCACAUGGCCGUAAGCACCGACUUCUUGUUUACAGCCUCCAGAUUGGGCAUGUUAAUAGAGAUAUGGUCGAAAGAAAAAUACACAAAAAUUGGUUCAAUUAAAUUAGGUAGUACUGCUAAUGGUAGCCACACAAAGAUUACUUCGCUAAUUUCAGAUGAUGGAGGAUUGCUACUUGCUGGUACCUCCGAUGGAAAGAUACAGGUUUGGUCUCUGGAAUGACCACCGUUAACACCAUUAGGCAAAAAUCGAAUCUCUACCAUAUUUUACGUGUAAAUACGAAUUCAACUCUUAUUAUCCUUCUAUAUUUAUAGAUACAAUUGGUGCGUUGAAUAAAUAUUAUCACAUGUUAAAUACAUUCCAUGUACAAACCCCUUAGGAAUAAAGACCCUAUCAUUAUUAAUU